AUGAGUCUGGUUCUCAAAUUUCGACGUCUCGGGAGCAUUGUUCGAAAAUCAACGAACGUGUUGUUCGGGAAGCACCUAAUGGUCACAAACGUAGCUUUGUCUGUUGGACUUUCAACUUUUGGAGACGCAAUUCAGCAACGUUAUUCGAAAGGCAUUGGUGGACAUUGGGACGUCAGACAAUCCGGUCAUAUGGGGGCUGCCGGAGCUUCAGUAGGCUGGUGUUGCCAUCAUUGGUACAAUUAUUUGGAUAAUGUCUUACCCGGGAGGUCAUCGAGGAUCCUUAUCAAGAAAAUCCUCGUGGAUCAAGUGAUUUUCUCUCCGAUUAUAAUAUUGGUUUUCUUCGUCACGGUCGGGGUGCUGGAGCGGGAAACAUUCGCAAGCAUAACUUCCGAAUUCGUUGAAAAAGGCAAAAAGUUGUACACGGCCGAGUGGUUUAUAUGGCCCCCAGCUCAAUUCGUGAAUUUUUAUUUUGUUCCAACGCGAUUUCGAGUUUUAUACGAUAACACGAUCUCGUUAGGUUUUGACAUUUAUACCUCAUCGGUGAAGUAUGGAUCUACGUAUCAUUCAAGAAGUCCGACGGGGUUUGAGCUAGUUGCAUUAGAAGGCAAUGAUGAAAAAUGA